AUGGCGGGGAGACUGGUGAAGGAGCGUCUCAUAGGGAACGGAUCCUUUGGCGUCGUCUUCCAGGCCACCGACAAGGAGAGUGGGGACACGGUGGCUGUCAAGAAAGUCCUGCAGGACAGACGAUUUAAGAACAGAGAGCUGGAGAUCAUGCGACUGCUGCGACAUGUGAAUGUGGUGGAGCUGAAAGAUUGCUUCUACACCAACGGAGAGAGACCGGACGAGAUAUAUUUGAAUCUCAUGCUGGAAUUCAUCCCUGAAACCAUCUAUAAAGUCAUACGACAGUACGGCGCGUCUGCGACCAAAGUCCCUCCUAUCCUCGCCAAGUUGUACAUGUAUCAGGUAGCGAGAUCUCUGGCUUACAUUCAUUCCCUUGGCGUAUGCCACAGAGACAUCAAACCUCAAAACCUCCUCUUGGAUCCAACCACACAUGCAGUCAAACUCUGUGAUUUUGGAAGCGCAAAGAUUCUUGUUCAAGGGGAGAAUAACAUUGCAUACAUUUGCUCACGGUACUAUCGCGCGCCUGAGCUGAUAUUUGGUUGUUCCAACUACUCUACGGUGAUAGAUGUCUGGUCAUACGGGUGUGUGUUUGCAGAGCUGUUCCUGGGGCAGCCUCUCUUUCCUGGAGAGAACAAUAUCGACCAGAUGGUUGAGAUCAUUAAGAUCUUGGGAACGCCGACAAGAGAAGAAAUCUGUAACAUGAAUCGGAACCUUGCGGAGUUCAAAUUUCCUCUUGUCUUGCAGCAUUCAUGGGUCAAAGUGUUUCGUGACAAGGCACCUUCUGAUUGCGUUGACCUCAUGAGCAAACUCCUGCUGUAUGACCCGAGGAAGCGUUACUCGCCCAUGCAGGCAUGCGCUCAUGAUUGUUUCGACGAUCUUCGAGAAGGCUCGUCCCUGCUCCCCGACGGGCGUCCGAUCCCUGCCAGGUGA